AUGUCUGAGAAGGCACGGGCUGGGAAGGCAAGGUCUGAGAAGGCACGGGCUGAGAAGGCAAGGUCUGAGAAUGCACGGGCUGAGAAGGCAAGGUCUGAGAAUGCACGGGCUGAGAAGGCAAGGUCUGAGAAUGCACGGGCUGAGAAGGCAAGGUCUGAGAAGGCACGGGCUGAGAAGGCAAGGUCUGAGAAUGCACGGGCUGAGAAGGCAAGGUCUGAGAAUGCACGGGCUGAGAAGGCAAGGUCUGAGAAUGCACGGGCUGAGAAGGCAAGGUCUGAGAAUGCACGGGCUGAGAAGGCAAGGUCUGAGAAUGCACGGGCUGAGAAGGCAAGGUCUGAGAAUGCACGGGCUGGGAAGGCAAGGUCUGAGAAUGCACGGGCUGAGAAGGCAAGGUCUGAGAAUGCACGGGCUGAGAAGGCAAGGUCUGAGAAGGCACGGGCUGAGAAGGCAAGGUCUGAGACGGCACGGGCUGAGGAUGCAAGGUCUGAAAAUGCACGGGCUGAGAAAGCAAGGUCUGAGAAUGCACAGGCUGAGAAGGCAAGGUCUGAGAAUGCACGGGCUGAGAAGGCAAGGUCUGAGAAUGCACGGGCUGAGAAGGCAAGGUCUGAGAAUGCACGGGCUGAGAAGGCAAGGUCUGAGAAUGCACGGGCUGGGAAGGUAAGGUUUGAGAACGCACGGGCUGAGAAAGCAAGGACUGAGAAUGCACGGGCUGAGAAGGCAAGGUCUGAGAAGGCACGGGCUGAGAAGGCAAGGUCUGAGAAUGCACGGGCUGAGAAUGCAAGGUCUGAGAAUGCACGGGCUGAGAAGGCAAGGUGUGAGAAUGCACGGGCUGAGAAGGCAAGGUCUGAGAAUGCACGGGCUGAGAAGGCAAGGUCUGAGAAUGCACUGGCUGAGAAGGCAAGGUCUGAGAAUGCACGGGCUGAGAAGGCAAGGACUGAGAAUGCACGGGCUGAGAAGGUAAGGUUUGAGAACGCACGGGCUGAGAAAGCAAGGACUGAGAAUGCACGGGCUGAGAAGGCAAGGUCUGAGAAGGCACGGGCUGAGAAGGCAAGGACUGAGAAUGCACGGGCUGAUAAGGCAAGGUCUGAGAAUGCACGGGCUGAGAAGGCUGGGACUGGUAAGUCAAAUGCUGAGAAGAUAAAAGCGGGGAUGGGGAGGGCUGGGAAGGUAGGGUCUGACCAGGCAAGGGCUGGGAAGGCUGUGAUUGGGAAAUCAAGAGCUGAGAAGAUAAGAGCGGGGAAGGUGAGGGCUGCGAAGGUACGGGCUGGGAAGGCAAGGUCUGCGAAGGCAAAGGCCAGGAAGGCUGGGACUGGGAAAUCAAAAGCUGAGAAGAUAAGAGCGGGGAAGGUGAGGGCUGCGAAGGUACGGGCUGGGAAGGCAAGGUCUGCGAAGGCAAAGGUCGGGAAGGCCGGGACUGGGAAAUCAAAAGCUGAGAAGAUAAGAGCGGGGAAGGUGAGGGCUGCGAAGGUACGGGCUGGGAAGGCAUGGUCUGCGAAGGCAAAGGCCGGGAAGGCUGGGACUGGGAAAUCAAGAGCUGAGAACCAACUGGUUCUGUAG